GACUCGCUCGAGCCGCUGUGUUGGUUUCUUGGCGCAACGUCACGGUUCCUCAUAUUUAUUAAGCGAGGAGGCAGCGGCAUCGACUAAACUGGCUGCUUCUGGUUUCAAGACACAUAAACACAAAGCAAUACGCUGCCUGCGAAUAUACAAAGAACGGUGGAUCGCACUCCGCUUUACGCUGAAGACGACAAAGUCAGAUUCCUUAGAAGAAGAGUUUGGACGGCAUGCAAAGUUGUGAAAUAUCUUCAGACAGCACUGAUGAUCCUCUUAGUAGUGCCUUACACAGACAUCGACAACCGCGAAUAGCAGUAAUUGGCGCGGGCUUGGCCGGCCUUGCCACCACCAAAACCCUUUUGGAGAACGGCUUUACCAAUGUUACGGUGCUAGAAGCCUCAGACCAUAUCGGAGGCAGAGUGCAAAGCAUUCAGCACGGUAAAACCACUUUGGAACUUGGAGCAACCUGGAUCCAUGGGGCAAAUGGGAACCCUAUCUACCACCUGGCUGAGGACAAUGGGCUGCUGGAACACACCACAGAGGAGGAGAGGAGUGUGGGCCGCAUUAGCCUCUAUGCCAAGAAUGGUGUGGCCCACUACCAGACCAACAACGGCAAGCGGAUCCCAAAGGAUCUGGUGGAGGAGUUCAGUGACCUGUACAAUGAGGUGUAUGAGCUGACUCAGGAGUUCUUCCAGAAUGGAAAGCCUGUGGGAGCCGAGAGUCAAAACAGUGUUGGGAUCUUCACACGAGAUGUGGUGCGCAAGAAGAUCAUGUUAGAUCCCUAUGACUCAGAAGGCACCAAGAAACUCAAGUUAUCUAUGCUACAACAGUACCUCAAGGUGGAGAGCUGUGAAAGCAGUUCCCCCAGCAUGGAUGAAGUGUCUCUAAGUGAGUUUGGUGAGUGGACUGAAAUUCCCGGCGCUCACCAUGUCAUUCCCGCUGGUUUCAUUAAAGUCGUUGAGAUCCUGGCUCAGGACAUCCCAAGUCAUGUCCUCCACUUCAGCAAGCCUGUCCGCCGUAUCCACUGGAACUGCAGCUCCCAUGAUACAGAGGAAAUUGUAGACCAGGCUGACCAUAACCAGGACCAACGACCCAGCCCUUCUCCGGUCUGUGUGGAGUGUGAAGAUGGCGAGUGUCUGCUGGCAGACCAUGUGAUCAUAACGGCCUCUCUUGGGGUCCUGAAGAAAGCUCACGAGACUCUCUUCUCCCCAGGACUGCCACUAGACAAGGCACAGGCCAUCCAGAAACUGGGCAUUAGUACUACAGACAAGAUCUUUCUGGAGUUUGCAGAGCCCUUCUGGAGCCCCGAGUGCAACAGCAUUCAGUUUGUGUGGGAGGAUGAGGCACAACUCGAGAGCCAGGCAUACCCAGAAGAGCUAUGGUACCGAAAGAUCUGCAGCUUUGAUGUGCUGUAUCCGCCAGAACGCUAUGGCCACAUGCUGAGUGGCUGGAUCUGCGGAGAAGAGGCCCUGUGCAUGGAAAAGUGUGAUGACGAGACUGUAGCGGAGAUAUGCACAGAACUACUGCGUCAGUUUACAGGCCCUGUGUACACUUGGUAUAAAGAUGCGUUUUGGUCGAUUGGAUCACAAGUGGACAAUGAAGACACAUACCGUUUACACCUGGUGUUUUAAUCCAUCUCUUCUUUCCACUUUCGACCACUUCUGAACAGAUUACCCCCCGUGGUACUGAUUACAUCAAGAGGAUGGGUGGAUCCCUCUGUCGGUGUCAAAACACGAGCGGGAGGGCUAAAGUUAUCGCACACUAAUAUUAUGUCGCUUGUACUAACUGCUGUUGUUUCUUUUCGUGUUAUUAAAAAAAAAAUACUUCUGAUUCGGCCUGUCAAAGUUUAAAUCCCAUCUGAUAAGCAUCCUUCCUUGUACAUCUCGCAAUGAUUACACAUGUAUUAGGUCAUUAGGCGGUCUUUUGUGGCUGCUUGAAUGCAUUCGACCACAUCAGCGCCUACACCAUGAAAGCAAUCCGGUCGAAUGCAUUUUCCACUGCCUCUGGAAAUGGACGAGCUCAAAAUGUUUCACACCCCGUUUACACCUGUAUGUAGUGUUGGCCACUUGUGAUCUGAUUGACCAAAACACAUCUUAAUACCAAGUGUAAACAGGGCCUUAGAGAGCUCCAUUUA